AUGUCAACAACUCGCAGUGACCUUGGGUUGUCAUGCCCAUCCAAGGGAAAGUUCUACGUAUGCGAAAAUGCAAGCAUCCGCUUCAUCGGCUGUUGCACCGUUGACCCUUGUGCCGACGGCAGCGGACGGUGCCCCCAGAAUGAUUUAGCAGCGGCAAGCUUUUCAUCAGAUCACUACGACAGUAUACCGGGACAAGGCUGCGCUCCGCCCAGCAACGCCAGCAGUUGGUUUACUUGCAAGAGUUCGCAACCUUUUAUGGGAUGUUGCAGUAUAAACCCGUGUGAAAAUGAUGGGUGCCCAACAGCAAACCUACUUCCAGCGACACUGAGUGAUGAUGAAAGUAACGCUGAGGUCUUCCUCGCUUCCUCGUCGUCUACUUCCAGUUCGAACUCGAAUUCCGGCUACCAGUUACCUCUGGGUGCAAUACUCGGCAUAUCUCUGGGGGGCGCGGCGGUAGUCGCAAUUCUUCUCGCGAUAUUAGCAUACAGAUGCGGCUGGCUGGCAAGACAUAAGAAGCAUAACAAAGGCGCCGAUGAAGCGAUAAAUCAUUACGGCGCUCAAGGACGCCCGCCACCGACGGAACUCGAGGGUCGCGACACGGAACGCCCCGUAGUAGCUGAACUCCCUACACCUCCACCCGCAAAUUACCGGUGA